GCAGUGGCAAAUCGACGCUGCUGCGAUCCAUUCUGAACAAGUAUUUUCCCGACUUCAAGGGGCCUUUGUAUCCCUCAACAGAGUGGGCGCAUGGCUUUGCCAUCAUCGAAGCUUUUGAGGGUGCCGACAGAGGCCGGAGUCUGCUGUCGGGAGUGGGGCUCAGUAGCAUUCCUUCUUGGUGCAAGCCCUACAACGUGCUCUCUACCGGCGAGAAGUACCGAGCCAACCUCGCCCGAGCACUGGAGAAGCGCGGUCCCACGCCCCUCGUUUUCGACGAGUGGACCAGCGAGCUGGACCGCGGCCUCGCCAAGGUUGUCUCUACUGCUCUUGGGAAGCGGAUGAGCCGUGAAUGCGAGAAAGCCACAGAAACUAAGGCUCAGCACCCGCCUGAGAUCAAAGAAGAGAUCAAAGAAGAGGACUGCCGGACGGAGGAGGACGAGGAGAACAAUGAAGAGGCCUUCAAGGAUGAAGAUGCAGAAGAGCAAGGAACGGAAGAAGUGGAGGCCGAAAAGGACGAUGCCAAGGAGGACUGCGGUUUGGCCAACAGCGGAGGGGAGGAGGAGGAGGGUGUGCGGGACGAGGUGGACGAGACGCUGGAAGAAAAUAGCACGGCAGCACCCACACGCGCAGAAGGACGCCCACAUCACCACUUCCUGAAGCUUCUGCAGCGGAGCUAUUGCAUUCAGGCGGACAAAGUCGCCCAGAAAGACGAGCACGAGAAGUCACUGACGGAGGUCCAGGAGGAGCACGUGGAGCAGGAAGCCGCGCAGUCGGAGCAAGGCAUACAAAAGGAGGCUGAGGUGGCCGAAUCGGUGCAGCGAGAGGACGCAGCACCCAAAGAGAGCAAUCCGAAGGACGAGGCCGAAGGACAGGAGGCUCCCGCUACCCUCGGUCCUUACAUCUUCGCAUCCUGCCACGAGGAUGUUCUGCAGUACCUGCAGCCACAGUUCGUGUGUUACUGUGCCGUGGGGCAGAAGCCAAAGCUGCUUGCCAACCCUAAAGCAGGCCAAGCUCCUCGCAUCGAAGGGUUGAUGGAAGGUGACACCAUGCCUGUAUACAAUGAUGUCAUCGGAACUUGGAAGCCUUAUGUCCAGACGAAGGACGCCUGCAUCAUCACCUACAAGGGCUCGAUGCAGGAGGAUGCGGUCAUGAAGCUGCGCUUUAACGGUGGUAAAGAAGUCAAGUGGCUUCGGUCGACUGGCGAUGCCACCUACACGGGCACCAUACACCAAUCUGGGACUUCUUUGCUGCUUCGUUCCUUGAGCAAGAACCUCCUCUCGAUUCAGUACCGAGACAAUGCUUCCGAGGCUUGGAGCAAGGAAGUUCGUUACAGCCGGCUCAUGGUGCCCUUGCCAGAUCAAGUCAAUGCUAUGGCCAAGGAUCCAAAAGCCGUGAAACCCGGUGCCCUGCAGUACAAGGACUGCGACCGCCAAGCCAUGGAGCACCAUGGCUGGUACUUGCCUCCAGAGUGGGCCGGCGACGGCCUCUACCGGGGCUUGACACGCCAAGGCGAUCCUGAGGUCGUGAGAAGUGCCGACUUCAGAUUCGUUCCCGACUGUGAGGAAAAGGAGGACAAGCAGCGCUACCUGGCCACCUAUGUGGGUGAACCAGAUGGCACCCUAAGUGAGAAGCUCGCAAACGUGAGCCAGUUGUUGGAUUGGCCAUUCGAUGGGCUGUGCGCUCAUCGCCUGGACCCUUUGCCAGCACCAAAAGAUUUCAAGCUUGGGGUUAUUACCGGACCCUCAGGCUCGGGAAAAAGUUCGCUGGCUGCUGAUGUGUUCGGCGCCCGCCCGGUGAUUUCCUGGUCUCCUACUGAGCCGGUGAUCGCACACUUCGAAACCCUGGAGCGUGCGUAUGAGUUUCUUGAGGCAGCUCACUUGCAGCCGUCGAUCGCGAUGAGGCCUUUUUCCACGCUCAGCGGCGGCGAGCAGGCGCGCGCGAACAUGGCGCGUGUGCUGGACCUCGGAUGCCAGGGAUCCGGCCGCUUUAAGGCUCUGAUCCUGGAGGAGUUCACGUCUCUGGUGGACCGGGCCACGGCCCAAGCAAUGGCUCGUGGUCUCCAGCAGCUGAUCACGCGGAG